ACUCCAGAUGUAAAUCAGCUAUAAAUGUCCUGGUGGAGACAAGAAGUAGUUCAUUGGUAUCAGUUCCAAGAGACAAUCCCUAUCUUUUCUCCAGAUUAAAUGCUCUUACUCCAUUAUCUGGCAGUCGAGCUAUGCAUGAAUUGGUUCGAGAAUGCCCGGGACUGCAGAGGCCUGAAAGGAUAACAACAACCUUAUUGAGAAAAUACAUUGCUACAGUGUCACAGAUUCUUGACAUGACUCAUGGUGAACUAAAAUUGCUUGCAAAGCAUCUGGGACAUGAUGUGAAGACACACAAGGAAUAUUAUCAGUUGUCUUCCAGUACCAUGGAACUCUCAAAGGUUGCCCUGAUGUUGUAUGCUGUUGAAAAUGGUAAAGUCAAUGAGUGGAAGGGAAGGCAGAUGAAGGACAUAGUAGUAGAAGAUUUACCUCUUCCAAUUGAAGACGAAGAUGGCCAUCAAGAAGAGUCCAUGUCAACUGCUGACAGUGAAGAGCCAGGCAGUCUGACCCAUGAUAGGAGGGAGCCAAGUGAAGAGCCAGCCAGUCUGACCCAUGAUAGGAGGGAGCCAAGUGAAGAGCCAGCCAGUCUGACCCAUGAGUCCAUGUCAACUGCUGCCAGUGAAGGGCCAGCCAGUCUGACCCAUGAUGAAAUGAGGCAGCCAAAUCCUCAAGGGACAGGGACAAGAAAAGGAAUGAAACGAAAGUGGGCCAGCGAAGAGAACAUAUGUUUCAUGAACUUUUUUAGAGAUGAAUUAAGAGAAAAAAUAAUGCCAUCUGGCUCAAAAAUAAUGGGGUCCCUAAAAAUACUUACCGGAAGAACAGUGGCCCAGAUAAGGGCAAGGGUCCAUAACAUUAUUAUGAAAAAACAAAAAUGGAAAAAGAAUUGUUGAACUGUGGAAUAUGUUUAUGCCCCUGGUAGGGUGGCAUAUAGCAGUUGAACUGUCCGUCAGUCAGUCAGUCUGUCCAUCUGGCCGAAAACUUAUAUGGCCAUAACUUUUUCAAUAUUGAACAUAGCAACUUGAUAUUUAUACCCCUAUUACAAUUGGUAAUGGGGGCUAUAUAGGAGUCACGUUUGUCGGUCUGUCCCGAUAUUUCAUCCGAUCUUCACCAAACUUGGUCAGUAGUUGUAUGUAGAUAAUGUCUAGGUCAGUUUGAAUAUGGGUCAUGCCAGGUCAAAAACUAGGUCAUGGGGUCACUUAGUAUGUUUUAAACUGUAAGUUUGUACGGACCAUAGCUAUGUCAUUUAUUGUUACAUUUUUAAAUGACUCGGUACAUUUGUUCACCAUCAUGGAACGGUGUGUCGCGUUAAAAAAAAUUACGUCAAUAUCUCAAAGGUCAAGGUCACACUUGGGAGUUCAAAGGUCAAAUGCUUGUCCGGGCCAUAGCUUUGUUUUUUAUUGUGAGAUUUUAAAAUCAUUUGGCACAUUUGUUCACCAUCAUUGAACAGUGUGUCGGGCGAAAGAAUUACGUCGAUAUUUCCAAGAACAAGGGCACAAUUUGAGUUUAAAGGUAAAAAAUGGCCAUAAUUGAGCUUGUCUGGGCAAUAACUAUGUUGUUUAUUGUGCGAUUUUAAAAUCGUUGGCUCUUUUGUUCACCAUCAUUUGACGGUGUGUCGCGCGAAAGAAUUAUGUCGAUAUCUCCAAGGUCAAGUUCGUAGUUUUAGUUCAAAGGUCAAAAAUGGCAAUAAAUUAUCUUGUCUGGGCCAUAAAUAUGUCAUUCAUUGUAAGAUUUUAAAAUGACUGUACAUCAAUUUUGUUCAAAGUCAUUGGAAGGCUUGUCAUGUGAAAGAAUUCAAGAGUUCAAAGGUCAAAAUGGCUAUAAAUGAUAAUGGCAUAAUGAUUCUUAAAAAAUCGCCAUAAAUUGUAUUAUCUUGUUUUGUGAAGACAGCAUACAAAAUAAUCAAUCAAUCAAUGCGGUAUG